AUGGGCACCAGGACAGUGGUCAUGCCCUCUCCUGUGUGGGGUCUGCUCGGCUUCUAUUUCCUCUGUGGCUGGGCUCUAGGAGGCCCAAGGGUGCCCCACUCUCUGCCUCCACUGUCUUCCCAAGCCAAGCCAAGAUUGGUGCCCAUGUGGGAGCCCCCACAGGGGGCUGAGGCAGCCCUAGCUUUUCUCUACUCUGGAGAUGCCCAACAGCUGUUGGGGGCAAAUUGUAGUGAGCGCUUUGAAGCCCAGGGGGCAGAGGCAAAGCCAAGACUUCCCCCAGUUCUGCAGAGAGCAGCGGACACCCUGGCUCAAGCUGCCAAUUUCCUCAACAUGCUGUUGCAAGCCAACGACAUCCGUGAGUCCAGUGUAGAGGAGGAUGUGGAGUGGUACCAGGCCCUGGUCCGCAGUGUGGCUGAGGGGGACCCAAGGACCUACAGAGCAUUGCUGACCUUUAACCCUCCGCCAGGAGCCAGCCACCUACAGCUGGCCCUGCAGGCCACCCGGAUGGGAGAGGAGACCAUCCUUCAAGACUUGUCUGGGAACAGGGUGCAAGAAGCGAACCCAGCUGUGGACAUGGAGAGCUCUAAUCUACAGAAGCGGGUGCUAACCAAUGACCUAAGGAGCCUCAACAGCCCCAAGUGGCCACAAGGAGAUGGAUACGUGGGUGACAUACAGCAGGUGAGGCUGUCUCCUCCCUUCCUGGAAUGCCAGGAAGGCCGGCUCCGUCCUGGCUGGCUGGUCACACUCGCUGCUACUUUCUAUGGACUCAAGCCAGACCUUAGCCCAGAGGUCAGAGGACAGGUGCAGAUGGACAUAGAUCUCCAGAGUGUGGACAUCAAUCAGUGUGCAAGCAUCCCGGGCUGGUACUCCAACACACACCUGUGUGAUCUCAACAGCACCCAGUGCGUCCCCCUGGAGAGUCAGGGUUUUGUCCUCGGCCGCUACCUCUGCCACUGCCGACCUGGAUUCUACGGGGCAAGCGGUUCUGGGGGGUUAGAGAGUGUCACGCAGACUACCCGGCAACUUGGGUCCCCACACGGCAACUCGGGAAAGCUGUUGCGAUGCCAGCCAUGUCCUGAGGGCUGCACCAGCUGCAUGGAUGCAACACCAUGCCUUGUGGAGGAAGCCUGGACACUGCGGGCGGCAGUGCUGGCCUGCCAGGCUUGCUGCAUGCUGGCCGUCUUCCUGAGCAUGCUGGUUUCUUACCGCUGCCGUGGGAGCAAGAGCAUCCGAGCAUCUGGAGUUGUCCUGCUGGAAACCAUUCUUUUUGGAUCCUUGCUUCUCUACUUUCCUGUCUUCAUUCUGUACUUCAAGCCCAGUGUAUUUCGCUGCAUUGCUCUUCGCUGGGUCCGGCUUCUGGGUUUUGUCAUUGUCUAUGGGACUGUCAUCUUAAAGCUUUAUAGAGUACUGCAGCUGUUUCUGUCUCGAACUGCCCAGAGGGGGCCACACCUGAGCAGUGGGCGGCUGCUGUGGCGCCUGGGGCUGCUCCUGCUGCUUGUGCUGGGCUUCCUGUGUGUGUGGACCUCGGGUGUCUUGGAGCGAGGCACCCAGCACACACCUCUGGUGACUCGAGGCCACACUCCCACUGGCCGACACUUCUACCUCUGCCAUCAUGACCGCUGGGAUUACAUUAUGGUUGUGGCUGAGAUGCUGCUGCUAUGCUGGGGCAGCUUCCUGUGCUACGCCACCCGCGCUGUCCCUUCAGCCUUCCAUGAGCCACGCUACAUGGGCAUCGCACUGCACAACGAGCUGCUGCUCUCUGCUGCUUUCCACACGGCCAGGUUUGUGCUGGUUCCUUCCCUGCACCCAGACUGGAUGCUCCUCCUCUUCUUCUUCCACACCCACAGCACAGUCACUGUCACCCUGGCUCUGAUCUUCAUCCCUAAGUUCCAGAAGCCAGGGGCGCCUCCCCGGGAAGAGAUCUUGGAUGAGGUAUAUGAAGAUGAGCUGGACCUUCAACGCUCAGGCUCCUACCUUAACAGUAGCAUCGCCUCAGCCUGGAGUGAGCGCAGUCUGGACCCAGGGGACAUCCGGGAUGAGUUGAAGAAGCUCUAUGCCCAGCUAGAGGUCCGCAAGACCAAGGAAAUGGCUGCUAACAAUCCUCACCUGCCUAAGAAGCGUGGCAGCUCACGUCAAGGGCUGGGCCGCUCCUUCAUGAGGUACCUGGCUGAGUUCCCCGAGGCCCUGGCCCGGCAGCACUCUCGGGACUCGGGCUCCCCGGGCCUCAGCAGCCUGCCCGGCUCCUCUCGCCGCCGGCUCCUCAGCUCCAGCCUCCAUGAAGCUGAAGGCGCCCCGGCCCCGCACAAAUCCCACAGUACCUAUGACCAGGGCGAGCAAGACCCACCUCUCCUCAACUCCCUACUGAGAAGGAACCUGUCCAAGAAAGCCUCUCCUAUGGAAAGCCAGGAGUCUGUGGACGGGCCCCCUGCUUUGGGCUUCAGGUCAGCCAGUGCCCACAAUCUAACGGUGGGAGAGCGGCUCCCCAGAACCCGGCCUAUGUCUCUGCAGAAGUCACUCAGUGUGGUGACUGGCUCCAGGGAAAAGGCCCUGCUGGUGGCCAGCCAGGCCUACCUGGAGGAGACUUAUCGGCAGGCGAAGGAGAGAGAGGAGCGGAAGAAGGCUGAAUUGGCUAUUGCAACCCCAGUGCGGAGGCCAUCGGCUAGGAGGCUGGAGCGGGCUCGUGGGCCCCCCCUGUCAGCUCCACCUUCUCCUGCCAAGAGCAGCAGCAUGGACAGCUCAUAUGUCUCCGGGAGGCUUCACGAGGAAGCUGGGAGAAAGCUACCUCACCCACCCAUCAGGCACCAGGUCUCCACACCCAUCUUGGCUCUGUCUGGAGCCUGUCUUGGAGAGCCAAGGAUGCUUUCUCCCACCUCUACCCUGGCUCCAGCUCUGAUGCCAGCCCUGGCCCCAGCCCCUACCCCCGGCCCUGUCCUUGCUCCUGUCCCAGUGGUCCCACAAAGCCCCAGCUUGCUCACCUACAUCUGCCCCUGGGAGAAUGCAGAACUUCCAGUCAAGAAAGAAAACGUGGUCCAGGAAGCUCCCUCAGGGUCAGAGCGAGGUGGCCACGCUUCUGUCCCAGCUCGAGCCAGGCUCUGGAGGACCCUCUCUGUUGCAGUAGAGAAAAAGGGUGCUGGGGAGAAUGAGAUUGACACAGAGGAUGGGCGUCUCCAGGGGGAAGCUGAUGUGGAUGAGGACAGGCCCAAGAUCUCUAAAUCCCAUAGCCUCAAGACCCCUGUGCAGCAGGGUUCCAUGCGCAGCCUGGGCCUGGCUAUCAAAGCUCUGACCCGUUCUCGGAGCACAUAUCGAGAGAAAGAAGGUGGAGAUGACAGUCCUGAGAAGGACAGAGCUACAGGAUCGGGCAUGGGGGUUUCUCUUCGAUCUCCCAGGUUAGGCCGGCCCAAGGCAGUGAGUAAGCAAGCUGCUCUCAGCCCGUGUGAUGAUGAGGAAUCCCUCCAGAACCAACAGAAUGCUCACACCAGCAGAAUGCUGCAAGUCUGUCACCAGGCAGGCAGCAGAGAACAAGAGGACAGAGCCAGGACAUCCCAGGGCCUAGGGGAGCAGAAGGUUGAGAGAGCAAGUAAAACAGGACUUGCCACACUGAAGCAAAUUUUGUGGGACAAAAAUGCUGAACAAGCAAAGGAAGCCAUUGUGGGGUGCCGAGAGCUACCCAAUGUUGGCCUCCAGUCCCAGGGCAGUGCUGAUAGCAAGGUGACAGAGGUAUGCCCCUGGGAAGUCUCUGAGUCAGAAACAUGCCAGCCAGAUAGUAGUAACAAGACCAAAAUCUGCCCCUGGGAGGAGAAUGAAGGAGCCCCUGAGAGGAAGGUAUGGAGACAAGAUCUAGGUGACUCCCAAGACAAGAAGGGGAAGGCUCUAGAAAAAUCAGAGCCCAGAGGUGUGGUUGUCAUUGCUCGGAAAAAGCCAGAGCGGCUGGUCAGGGGCCAGGAAGCAGUGUGUCCCUGGGAGGGUGCUGACCCUGGAGGUGCCUCCUGUCCGUCUGCUCCUCAGGACUCUGACAGGAUGCAGGGAAGCUCUGGGGAAGCAGACAGUGUAGAGACAAGAGCAGAGAAGCAUCAGGGAGAAGCCCCAGGUCCAGGGGUUUGCUCCCCUAACAUUGCCAAAGCAGAGCUGUGCCCCUGGGAGGUGAGCGAUGGGCAGGUAGGGACAGUAGCCCAGGGAGUAAAGGAGUUCCCCCAGGAAAGGCAGAAAGCCCCCAAGAAAGCAACCUUGUGGAGUGAGCAGAAACUGGUUGGGAACCUGGAGUCGAUUUGUCCAUGGGAGAGUACAGAUUUCCGGGGACCCACGGCAGUCUCACUUCCGGCCUCUGGAAGCCCAGGGCACUCAGGAAGUUGGGGCAGUGGCAUUGUGGAGGUGUGUCCGUGGGAAGCAGGAAAUGUGCCUGCUAACAGGAAAGCAGAGGUUUGUCCCUGGGAUACAGGUGAUGAGCGAAGAGAGGAGGGGGUGGGUGGAGAAUCUCUUCUUCAUAAAGAGAAAGAAGCUUCCAGGAAGGGGAUCUUAGGAGAUGUGGAGGAGAAAGUGGUGGAAGCAGUACCAACAGGAAAUCAAUGGCAGGAGUCAGCCACCUCUGUGCAAUCCAGCUCAAGUCCAGACAACUCCUCAUCCAAGGCUGGUAGCCAAGUCCUAGGCAAUGAGGGCAGCAGAGCAGUGCAGGUGUGUCCAUGGGAUGUACUCAAGCCAGAGGAAAAGGAAGCAACACCUGCCACAGCAGAAAUCUGUCCCUGGGAGUUAGAUGAUGGAACAGAGAACUGGACAUUGACACAGACACCAAAAGGAGGAAUAUCUCAAAAGGACAAGGAGAAAAUGCCUGGAAAAACAGGAAUUGAAGACGUAACCACAUGGAAAAAGUCUGAGGAGCAGAGCCAAAAGCAGGAAACAGUUUGCCCCUGGGAGAAUGUGGCUUCCCACAGCUUCCCUGUAGAAGACACAGAGAGGCCAGGCAGCAUGGGCAGCAAAGCCGCUGAGAUCUGUCCAUGGGAUGUGGAAGAGGCCCUGACAGCGGAGAAGGUGAAGAUCUGUCCCUGGGAGGUGGAUGCUGGAGCAGCAGAGAAGAUGCUGGGAGAUGAGGCCGUUAGGAAAUCUCCAAAUGAUACCCAAGAUACUUCUACAGAUUCUGGACCCAGGCAGACAGCUGUUCCUACUCCAGAGAAGCAAGAAAAGCCAAUCCUGGAGCAGGAAGUGGCCUGUCCCAGGGAGAACUUGAGUCCAAGUGGCUUUUCUCAACAUCCAGACACUCCUAACAUGGACAGACCAAAACCAGAACUGCAGGAACUGGCACAUGCGGGCUGCAAACCAGCUGAGGUAUGUCCCUGGGAAGUAGAGGAAGCUCCCACCAGGGAAAAAGUCAAGAUCUGCCCCUGGGAGAUAAAUGAAGGAGCUACAAUGAAAGAACUAGAGCAAACGAUGAAUGAAUUGGCAGGGGAGAGGGAGAAAACACUAGAAAAGAAGGGACUCAUGUGCCAGGAAGGAGGUAUAUCAAAACAGGAGGCAAACCUCCAAGUGCAGGAAGCUAUUUGUCCUUGGGAGGACACAGAUUUGAAGGAACCAUCUGCUCAGACCCCCAAGGGCUCAGUCUUGCCUAGUAGCACUAAAAGCCAACUGGUAGAAGGACAUUCUUCAGAAGUGAGUGAUGGAGCAAUGGAGAAGAGGGACUUAAGACAAGAUCCAAAGACGGGCCCAGCUCUGCCAGCAGAAGCUGUUACUCAAGAUGAGAAAAAAACAAGCAACAAGGAGCUUCCAUCUGUCUGUCCAUGGGAGAGCACAGUAACAGCAGGAUCCUCCUCCCAGCCAGCCAGUCAGUACCCUGACCAGCCUACAGUCAGCUCCCAGAGCCUGGUCACUACUGGGAGCAGGGUUGCUGAGGUGUGUCCAUGGAAUGUUCCUGUCCUGGAUGCAUGUAAACCUGACAGCAGCACCAAGGCUGAGAUCUGUCCCUGGGUGGUAACUGAGCAAAUACCUGAGAAAAGAGCCUUGAAACAAGAUAGAAAGGAGGAAGCUCAAGAGAAGGAAAGAGCCCUUGAAAAGCCUGAGCUCAAAGGUGUGGCAGUUCAGAAAAUGACAGAGAUGGCCAACCUCAGGAAGCAGGAGGCUGUGUGUUCUAGGGAGAGUCAAGACCAGGGGAGUCUGUCUCCACAACCUACUUCUAGCAGAAGCAAAGGCAGUUCUGAAACAGCAGGCUGUGUGUGUGCUAGCAUGGCCGAAGUGUGUCCAUGGGAAGCAGAAGAGGAUCCCUCCACCAAGAAAGCAGACAUCUGCCCUUGGGAGGUAAAUACAGGAGGGGCAGGAGAUGGAGGAAUGGCACAGGGGCAGGACAGAGAAUCACAAGGGCAAGGAGAGGCUGGAUCCAGAGGGGCUGAACACUUCCCCAAAGCAGCAGCAAACCUCAGCAGUGAGUCAGUGACAGUAUGCACCUGGAAAAGCACAGGAUCAGGUGUUCAGCAAGAGGCUCUAGACACCGACAAUGACACCAAAGUCAGCCCUGAUGGAGCAAGCAGCAUGAGGAGAAUAGCAGAGCUGUGUCAAUGGGAAGUCACAGACCCAGAAGGAAAUAAAAUAAAGGGUACCAUGGCAGACAUCUGUCCUUGGGAGGUAACUAGAGCCCCAUCUGAGGAACCUGCCUUCUUGGCUUUAACAGCAACAGUGACAGAAAAUGUCUGUCCAUCCCCUGAACAAUCACUAUGCCUUUUAGUUCACAGACCUCUAGCUAGCUUCCUUCCAGAUUUCAAGAGUUCCCACCUUGAGGUAAGCAAGCUAGGUAGUACUAUUACUGCGGAAGGUGUCACUGAACUACAAGGACCUUCUGGGCUUGGGCCAAGGAUCAACUUAGCCCCAAACUCAAGUCUCCAAGAAGCGGAGGGUCAGAAGUCUUCCCACUUAACUGAAGUUCAAGGACAAGAAGCUUCUCAGGCUCAAGAUGAAGAAUUUGGUCCUCCAUCCACCUACCCUUGGGACUGGGAGCAAUAG